AUGGCCGAACGGGCCAACUCCAAAGUGAAACUUACCUCAAAGAAGCGCGAUAACAAUACCACCACCACUCAGACUCCUGACUCCUCCUCCUCCUCCUCCUCCUCGGAUCUCACAGAAUCCCUCCAAACCUUCAUCGACACCAUCACCAAAGACCAAAACAUCACCAUCCCAACAAACAGCCACAAACCCCAUCCCGACUUCCUCCCAAUCCUCUCCCACCUCUCCAACACCCUCUUCAAACUCGUCUCUUUGACAACCGGCAAGCCACACCCAUACUGCCCAGAUUCUGUGUUACGAUAUCACCUCCUCACAUCCACUCAACUAGAUGAUAUUGCAAGACAUUACCAUCAAAUCUGGCCACCCGUGCCGGAGACGUAUCGGUACCCGAAACCGAUUGCGCCGUGGGUUGGGACGGAGGAGGAACAGACGCUCGAUAUUGAGAGGAAGAGGGAGCGGAUUGGGCAGUUUAUUGGGUUGAGGAGGGGGGCCAUGGAACUUACUAGUAGUAGCGCUGGGGAUGGCAAGACGGUGGUGGCUGCUGUGGAGGAAAGUCAAUGUCUAUUAUUGGGCCAGAAGCAUCAACUUGCUGGCAUCGAUUGUGACGACGACGACGACGACGAGGAAGAGAAGAAGAAGGAUCAUUUGAAGGUUCUGUGUGAGCGGAUUAGGAUCCAGAUGCAAAGCGACUGGGAGGAGGCACGUGAGCGCGCUCGAAGAGAUGAGGGGUACCGAUACUCCGGUAUCGUUCGAUUGCCGCGAAAGGCUUGA